AUGUCCAAAGAGGUUACACAAGUUUCAGUCCAAUCAGACUCCAAUCAGACACAAAUUGAAGCUCAAAUUCAACCAAAAGAAACUGCAGAAGUCGAACAAACAUCAGAGCAACCUUCAGAACAAACAAUAACACAACAAACUACAGAAGCUCAAGUUGUUUCAGUCCAAUCAGACUCCAAUCAGACAAAAACAUACGCAAAGUUCAACUAA